ACCCCAGAAUCCAGAUGGAAAAAAAUCUGGAUCGUGUGCUUUUUCCGACCAUCUGUCGAAGCAUAUGCAUGUCAUGUGUGUCCAAAACCAAAGCCUCAAAAUUGAACGAUACCUCUCUUCCUCCUCUGCUUCGCUAUCUUCAACUUCCCACACUCUUCUUAUAUAAUUCAAGCAUCCAAAUUUCAAACAGGUCAAUGUUGUGUGCAGUUUCGGCCCCAAACUCUUGCAUAUCUUAUCCAAGAAGCCCUAAUUGCCCACAUUUUCUUAGAAAGAAUUCGGUUCCAACAAGGCUUUGCAUACGUGCUUCAUUGCUGGAUAAUAACAAUGGUGCUAAAGUGGAGUAUACUCCUUGGUUGAUUGUUGGAUUGGGCAACCCUGGAAAUAAGUACCAUGGCACGAGGCACAAUGUUGGUUUUGAAAUGAUUGAUAGCAUUUCUCAAGCACAGGGCAUUUUAAUGAAUACAAUACAAUCAAAGGCCUUAAUUGGAAUAGGUUCCAUUGGAGAGGUACCAAUUUUAUUGGCAAAGCCUCAAUCAUACAUAAAUUACAGUGGGGAAGCGGUUGGACCACUUGCUGCACAUUAUCAAGUACCACUGCGUCAUAUUUUAUUGGUUUAUGAUGAAAUGAGCUUACCAAAUGGUGUUAUUAGGCUUCAGCCAAAAGGAGGACAUGGGCAUCACAAUGGAGUGAAGAGUGUAAUGGGCCAUUUGGAUGGCUGCCGUGAAUUUCCUCGGUUGUGUAUAGGCAUUGGAAAUCCCCCUGGUACCAUGGACAUGAAAGCUUUUCUUCUACAGAAGUUCAGUUCAGUAGAGCGAAAACAGAUUGAUGAAGCACUGGAACAAGGGGUUGAGGCUGUCAGGACCCUGGUCCUCCAAGGAUUUAACCACAAUAUCGAAAGAUUUAAUUUGGGGCAGAAGUACAAGUAUCAUAAAGUUUGAUAAAAGAUGAAGGGGA